GCACCGCGAGUCUAAAAGCCAAAACCAUCGCACCUGACCAAGGAUCGAACACCUGGUCGUCGUCGUGAGGACUGAGGAAGCUCCCUCUGCAAGCAAGCGAGCAGCAGGGAUCACGCAAGCGGGAGGAGCGAUGGGGUUCAUGUUCCGAGUGAGGCUCUCGUCCUUCCUCGCGGGCGCUGCAACGUCAUCCGUCCUGGGCUUCUACCUUCUCUACAAGGACUACAUGUUCGCCCGCGAAGCCAUAUCCCAGAAGGUAAGAGGUAUUUGUGAAACACUUGAUGAGCGCUAUGAAGCUCUGAAUGCGCGCAUCACAGCAUUGGAAAGUCUGAAGGAAGUAGAAACUGCCAAAACAGUGGAGGGAUCUGAGUAGCUAAUAUGGCGUUGCUUUUUGAGUGACAAGGUGCAGAUGAAUUAUAGCUUCUCCAAGGCAUUUGGGCGUGGAGAACUUUUCUUUUUUCCUUUCCACACUUGAGAUGGACGUUCUCUUUCACUGUAUUGUCAUGGUCAAUAAGUCAAUUCAGAGAGGGUGGAACUGAUGUACUUGGGCUGAUGAUCAACUCUGCAAUGGUGGUGGUUUGAUUGCUUAACCAAAUGGUCAUUUAGUAGUGAAGGCUUGUCUGCUCUGUAUGAAACAAAGAAAUUGUUUUGCAUCAAAAAGUUUUCUUUCCUUUCAA